AUGCCUUCUAUCCUCGCAUCUGCCCUCUCUCUCCUCUUCAUCUCCUCCCAGCUCGCCGUCGUCAACGCUGGAAACUCCAAGUUCUACCUCGACCAGCUAAACUGCGGCGGUGGCACCUUUGUUGACUUUGACAUCACGGAAGUGCACAAAUGCUACGGCCUCACUUCCGGUUCCGCCGCCUCGUUUUACACUGAAAAGGGCAACGAACUGGAUUACGUCCAGACUUACCGAAAGAACAAAGGGAAUAACUGCGGCAAAGGGGAGUGUAGCGUGAAGAAGGCAAACUCAUGCUGCUCGUCCAAGAAGAGGCAGAUUACGGGCGUGCAAAUGGUGCGCUUCAUGGAGCCGUGUUCGCCUUUGCCGCGCUGCCGCAAGAUGGCGCGUGCGGAGCUUGAGGAGCGGGCCGGUGCUCAGAAUUGUACAAGUGUUGAUGAGAUUGGUGAGCCGUUCAUUGUGCUUCAGGAUGGAACCCAUUUUAGUCUCGGGGUUGGAAAGCUGGGCAAGUUCAGUGCGGAGGAGCUUCAGGGGCAUCUUGAGGCCAAUGGAAAGGAGAGACUUUCGGGCGAGAAGAUUGCGGAACUGCUUGAGAUUCAGGUCAUCAAGAGUGAGUAG